AUGAAGUUACUUUUUCUGGCCGGGCUACUGAGCCUAGGGGCUCUCUCCACCCAGCAAACCCCGGAGUCAAUCAAUAUUCAAAACAGUCCAAAUUUCGUACCAAAGAACAUCCUUCCAAUCCCGAUACCAAGGCCACGCAUCCCAAAAGUCUUGAAUGGGAAAUGUGAAGAUGGUAUCUGUCAUCCCGGCUAUAAAUGCGCUGGCCUUACUCCCCGUUCCGGAGGUCUCUGUUUGCUAGAUCUCAAGGCCCCCAAAUGCUACAAUAUCGGAGCGCGAUGCAUCGAUGCCUCCGAUUGCUGUGAAUCCUUCGGCUUAUGCGCGCCACCCCCUGCUGAUCCGACCGGCAAAAAGGUGUGUCAGGAGGACCCGUGUCGCAAUCCGACUCUUCUCGUCGAGUCAUGGAAAUCGUUGGCCUGGAGUGGGGACGGUGCAUGGUCCUCUCAUGGUGUUACCGACAGGUCAGGCUGCUGCCGAGCUUGUUUCAACACUGAGGGCUGCAACUUGUGGUUCCAGUUUUCUGGAGGCUCUUGUCAAUUGCUGUCAAACUAUGGUGGGGCCGAGCCGACCGAUAAAUGCCCGCGUGGAUUGUGGGGUCGUAUUUCGAUCGGUAGUGGUGGUAUAGGCGGGCCUGUAGGGGCAGGGCCUUGUCUUAACCCGGGUGAAGUCGUGGUUUCUUAG